GACAAAUUAAUGAAUUAAUCUUUAUCCAAAAUAUAAAAAAACGCUUAAUAAUCAAAGUUUUGUACCUAUUUUCUAAAUUAAUGAACAAUUUGUAACUUGUCAAAAAACAAAAGAAAAUCCACCAAUUGUAAAUUGUUAUAGUCUUAUAGUGGUGGACCCACAAUCAACUUCAUUGACUCAAUAAAAUUCAACACACGUUCUCUCUCUCUCUCCUCCCAAACUCACCAACCUUACCACGCACACACACUCUCUCUUUUUUCUCUCUCCUCCCAACUCGGUCUCAAACCGAUUCAACUCACCUCCAACUCGUUAAACUCACCUCCUCUAAUGUCGAUCUCCUCCGAGUUAACCCCGAUCAAACUCACCGACAAUGAUCAACCUCAAUCCAACGCAAAACGCAGCGUUUUAGCAGUGGAAGAAAUUCUACAAUACAGGUUCAAAAACAAGAAACUUUUAGAAGAAGCCUUGACUCACUCAUCGUGUACUGAGUCAUCAUCGUAUCAAAGACUUGAAUUUGUAGGCGACGCCGUUUUAGGGCUUGCUUUUGCUAACUUUGUGUUUUUGGCUUAUCCUACUGUUGAUCAAGGCAUUCUCUCUCUCCUCCGUGCUGCUAAUAUUAGUACUGAGAAACUUGCUCGUGUUGCUGUGCGUCAUGGCCUUUAUCGUUAUGUCCGUCAUAAUGCUCUCGCUCUUGAUGCUAAGGUUCGAGAGUUUGCUCUUGCUGUGGAAGUAGAGGAUGAAAUUGCUGCUAUUUAUGGAGGUGCAGUAAAAGCCCCAAAAGUUCUUGCUGAUAUAGUGGAAUCUGUCAUAGCAGCUGUUUAUGUUGAUUGUGAUUUUGAUUUGAAGUUUCUUUGGCAGGUUAUUAGGGGUCUUCUGGAGCCAAUUGUUACACUUGAGACCUUGCCACUGCAGCCAGUGACGAUGCUCUUUGAGUUAUGUCAGAAGCAAGGAAAACAUGUUGAUGUCAGGCACUGGAGGAAGGUUGACAGAAACAUUUGUAGCAUCUAUGUAGAUGGAAAGCUUGUUGCAACGGGGACAUCUGAUCAAAAGGAUAUUGCCAAGCUUAAUGCGGCUAAAGAGGCAUUGGAGAAGCUAGACAAAUCUGUUAUUAACCAUAUGGGUAUUAUCUGUGAAGUCAAUGACAAAAAUGAGAUUGAAGCUGCUAAACAGAAGUUACACGAGCUUUGUGGCAAAAAGAAAUGGCCUAAGCCAACAUACAGGGUUGAGAAAGAAGUGGGGCUGGCUCAUGAGAAGAAAUUCAUAAGCUCUGUUGAGAUCGAAACAGCUGAUGUGAAGCUGUUCAUGUUGGGAGAUGAGAAGUCGAGAGUCAGGGAGGCUGAGAGUUCUGCUGCUUCCAUGAUGAUCCAUAGCCUUGUGGAGUCGAGUUAUAGUGCAGACUGUAACUCUGAUGGAAAAUCCCGCCAAGGAGCCGACCUUGGUUUACAGUUGUGGAAAAACUUCUGUAAUCGUGAGUUACAGUUCAAUCAUGCUCCGUUAAACUCCGUUCCAAACUUAUCUCUAAUGGCGUCCAUCAACUCCGGCGACCAUAAUCCAACCGAAGACAUGGAACGCUGCGUUUUAGCAGUGGAACAAACACUAAACUACAACUUUCGGAACAAGAAGCUUCUAGAAGAAGCGCUAACUCACCCAUCAUGCGGCGAAUCGACGUCGUAUCAACGACUAGAAUUCGUAGGCGACGCCGUUUUAGGUUUAGCCUUCGCUAACUUCGCGUAUUUGUCGUAUCCAACAGUUGAUGAAGGCAUUCUUCAUCUUCUUCGGUCUGCUAACCAAGUACUAAGUACUAACAAACUCGCACGAGUCGCUGUUCGUCACCGCCUUUUUAGUUACUUUCGUUUUCCUCGUAAUCAUUCUGCUCUUUCUGCUAAGGUUCGAGAGUUUACCCUUGUUGUAGAAUCAGAAGAUCAAACUUCUGUUUGCGGAGGUGCAGUAAAAGCUCCAAAGGUUCUUGCUGACAUAGUAGAGUCUGUAAUAGCAGCAGCUUAUAUUGAUUGUGAUUUUGAUUUGAAGUUGCUUUGGCAGGUUAGUACACUAACUUUUGUUCUCCCGUUAAUUUCGUAUUUAAUGGUUGAUAACUAUGCUUUCAUGUUUGGAUGUGCCGGUGAAUUUUGGUAAUUAGGGGUUUUUUUGGAGCCAAUUGUUACCCUUGAGACAUUGCCAAUGCAGCUAGUGACAAUGCUAUAUGAGUUUUGCAAGAUGCAAGGAAAACAAGUUGAAAUUAGGGACUGCAGGAAACUCGAUAGAAACAUUUGUAGCAUCUAUGUGGAUGGAAAACUCAUUGCAACUGGAACUUCUGAUCAGAACGAAACUGCGAAGCUUAAAGCAGCUAAAGCAGCACUGGAGAAGCUCAACAAAUCUGUUAAUGAUAUGGAUGUUGAUUUUGAAGUUAACGACAAGUGUGAAAUUGAAUGUGCUAAGCAGAAGUUAGGUACACUAUGUGUCAAAAAGAAAUGGUCUAAGCCGACAUACAGGAUAGACAACAAAGUAGAGCUGGAUUGUGAAAAGAAAUUUGUAUGCUCUGUUGAGAUUCAAACAGCAGAUGAGAAGCUGUUAAUGUUGGGAGAUGUGAAGUCAAGAGUAAAAGAGGCUCAGAAUUCUGCUGCAUCCAUGAUGAUUUACAGGCUUGUGGAGUCUAGUUAUGUCUGACGUCUGAGGCGUUACAUCAUCGUGUUGAUGAUACAAUCCUUGUAAGGCCUAUUCAUCUCCUGCAUUUAAGUGGAGGAAAUUAGAAAAGUACCUGCUUCUCAUGUCUGUACAUCUGAUGGAUUAUCCCACCUGUAGGCAAGAAAGUAUCUGUAUAUCACUACUACUAAUUCCCGCACUGGGAGCAGUUUAUCGAAAAUGAUUUUAUCACUACGUAAAUCGAAAUCUAAGGUCCGAGAGAGG